AUGUCGGCCCGGCUGUCGAUUCAGUCAACCCUACGUGGGUUGACGAAUCCUUUGAAGCGCGCCUUUUCGACCACGACGCCCGCCGCCCAAGAGGACAGCAACGGCGCCUCCCAGCAGCAGCAGCGCCAGUCCACCAACAGCAGCCUCCUAUCCCUCAACCGUGGCGGAUCAUCAUCGUCGUCGUCGCGCCGCAACAGCAAUAACAACCACAGUGCUUCGCACAAGAACGACGAUGGCUCAACCCGCUCCUCCGAUGCCGCCUCCCGCAUCUUGAGCCGGUACAGGCAGCAGGGUCGCGCCGACUCCCAGGCCCUGCAGGCCACCCAGGACCGGCUGCGCGAGCAGAAGGUGGCGAACGACUACCUCCGCGAGAUGCCCCGACGCUGGAAGACGGGUGACGUCUACGCUCCGCACGAUCUGAGUCCCGUCGAGAUGCAGAAGUUUCGCAGGAGGAGGAUGCGUCAGACAGAUAUCAUUGAUGUUCUCGGUAUUAGACCUCAGGACAUGUACAAGAACUUCUCCAUGAUUAGAGAAUUCACAAACCCCACCGGGCAGAUCCUCUCGUCCAAACUCACCGGUCUGCGACCCGUUAACCAGCGCAAGGUGGCCAAGAUGGUCCGCAGGGCCAUCGGAAUGGGCAUCUAUCCCAGUGUUCAUGAUCAUCCCGAGAUGAUCCGCGACCGCUUCUUCCCGCAGCCCGGUGACUCUGGCAGGAGGUAG